UCGUAUAUAGCUAGUUAUUCACGCCCUGUAGAGUGCAACGGUAGUGCAGGCAUAGCGAGAUGCCCCCCGUUCGGCGCCGUCCACUGGGCAUCUUCCCCCGUGAGAUUACCUGGCACGUCGGCAGCGACGACUUCACAAUUCCGUCCCUCUUCGCCAUCGUCUCCCGGCUCAUACUGUUGGGUCUCACUCUGGGCACUUUAGUCUACCUUCUUUUCCCAACUGACUGCGAAGACGAAAGUGCAACAAUCCCUCCACUGUUCUUCAUCUCCCUGUCUAUCUUCAACGUGGUUCUCUUUUUCACCAUCGUGAAUGAAGGAGUCAUAGCCUCUCUCAGUCUGAGGGGGCGGAUCCAAGACACGGCCAACACCCGAAAGUACUUUCCAUGUGCCGUGGAAGUCCGUGUGGUACUAAUGGUCAUCGAAAUACUCACACUCAUAGUCACAAGUGUUGGAACUUUCGACGGCAGUGUAGGUGGGAACGCAAUUGAAUGUGAUAGCUAUCGUGACGGGCCACUGGUAUUUGCCAAAGUGAUUGUCUCCUUGGCGUGGGUACUGACACUAGCUCUGGGAGUGGCGUUGGUGAUUGGUCUUGACCCCCUCGGGCUCUGCUCCCCUUCGUUCAUUGACGCAAUUAAAGACUCGGAGGACCUUGGAAAAGAACUGGACGAGGAAGGAUUCAUUGUUCCUGGGAAAAUUGGACAUGACGAGUGAGU